CAGAUUGAGCUAGCCUCAAAAUAAGUUCGAGACUUGUGUCAUGGGAUACUAACUCAACGAUACUAUAUAUUUUAUAACAUAUACAUAUAUAGAUAAACAUCCAAGACCCGGGCCAAUCAGAAAAAGAUCAUUUUCGGUUCAGAGGCAAGCACUACCACUGCGCCACCGAGGUCGUCAAUUAUCUAAUGCAUCUCCACCAAAAUUAUUGAGGUAACCGUUGACCAAAAGGCGGCAACUGCAGGGACUGACAUUUUUGUAAAUAUAUUUUCAGUUUUACUGGAAAUUGGUAUAGAUAUUUUAUCAAAGAGAUGAAAGAUGUCGGUAGUAUUUUUGCUGAAUCUUCAAUCAAAAUGAAUUGGUUUGAACAACCAUUGGACCAUUUCGAUAAAGAAGAAACCAGGACUUGGCAGAUGAAGUACUUUGAAAGACACGAUUACUGGCGUAAAGAUGGACCUAUUUAUGUCUUCAUCAACGGUGAAGGUCCAGCGAGCUCAAUAUUUUUGAAAACUGGAAUGUUAUACGAUUUAGCUAAAGAAACAGGAGGGGCCAUGUAUCUAUCUGAACAUAGGUAUUAUGGAGACAGCAAACCAUUUGCCAAUUUUACGUCUGAAAACUUGAAAUAUUUGAGUUCUAGACAAGCUUUGGCCGAUGUUGCAAAUUUACUCAAAUAUGUUUUAACAAUUCCUGCAUUCAAACAUUCAAAAGUAGUGGUUGUUGGUGGAUCAUACGCUGGGAAUCUAGCAGCUUGGAUGAAGUUGCUGUAUCCAAACUUAAUUGACGCGGCAAUCGCCAGCAGCGCUCCUGUUGUAGCUAAAGCGGAUUUUUACGAAUAUCUAGAAACUGUAAGUGAAGAUUUUGAGCAACACGGCACCGAUGGUUGUUGGGAUAACAUUGCCGCUAAAUUUAAGAAGUAUGAAAAACUUUUUAAAACAAGUGAAGGUAUUAAACAGCUAAAAGAAGAAGAAAAUAUUUGUAGUGAUACUGAUUUCAGAAAAGACGAAAAUCGUCAAUUGUUUUUCUUAGACAACGCUUCGAGGUAUAUGGUACAUGCACAGUAUGGUAGUCCAGAUACAAUUAAGAAAUUGUGUCAGGAUCAAAAAUCUACUUUCGCGGGUAACAUUGACGAGCCUAAUGUUCUUUGGAAUGAAAAAAAGCAAUGUAUCAGUUACGAUUUUGACGAAAUGAUAGAGGAAAUACGAGACAUUGAUUGGUUGGUCUCCUGGUUAUAUCAGACAUGUACCGAAUUUGGUUAUUAUCAAACGACCAAUUCUAAUAAUCAUCCGUUCACGAGAAAUGUUCCCAUUGAAUUAUACUACAGACCCAUUGAAUUAUACUACAGAUAUUGUUCGAAAUUGUUUGGUCCUGAGUUCGAUGAAGAAAGGGUCGAAAUAGGUGUUAUACAAUCAAAUAAAAUGUAUGGUGGUUUGAAUCCUAAUGUUACUCACGUAGUAUUUGUAAAUGGCGAUAUGGAUCCGUGGAGUAAGCUAGGUGUUCUUGAAGAUGUUUCGUAUGAAGCUCCUGCUACUAUUAUUCCUAUGGCGUCACACUGCAGAGAUUUAUUCUCUGAUAGAAAAAAUGAUCCGGAGGAAUUAAAAGAAGCUAGGCGUUACAUCAGAUAUCUUAUUAAGGAUUGGAUAGGAUCUGGAGAUUAUAAAACCUCAGGGUGAAUAAUUAUUCAAUAUAUUUGACGACCUCGGUGACGCAGUGGUAAAGUGCUUGCCUCUGAACCGAGAGGUCCCGGGCUCGAUCCCCGGUUGGGUCAUGAUGGAAAAUGAUCUUUUUCUAAUUAACCCGGGUCCUGGAUGUUUAUCUAUAUGUAUUUGUUAUAAAAUAUGUAAUCGUUGAGUUAGUAUCCCAUAACACAAGUCUCGAACUUACUUUGGGGCUAGCUCAAUCUGUGUAAUUUGUCCUAAUAUAUUUAUUUUAGUAUUUGUUAAUGUCACGGACAUUAAUAUAUUAAAAGUAUAUGGUCAAUGUAAAUACUUUUUAUUAAAUAAAUUUUGGUAGAACUGGUUAGAGUAGCGAGUAAUUAUAUAAAAUGCAUAUCGAUAGUCUGUCGAUAACAUCAUGGCCAUCAUCGCAAUCAGUACUCAUAAUAUCGAUAGUGCUGUCAAUGUUGUAUCGAUAGAUAUACUGUAGAUAGCUUCGCAACACACAAUCAUACAACAUGUCGAUAGUUUUUGUACACAGAUAUUGCAAUAAAAAUGUUUGAUUAAAAAACACUAGUGAUCCAGUUACCGUUUUGUUGUAGUUGCAAAGGGUAGAUUAUAUAUAGUUAUAUUAUUGAAACUACACGUUUAAUUAUAAAAAGA